AGGGACUGCAGGGUUGAAGAUGGUGUGGUUGGGCACCUGUGGGAGGCCACCCGAGUUCAGCAAUUCCGGAGAGGGCCAAGGUUAUGCGACUAGCAAGGCUGCGAGGUAUGAAAAUCUGCUGCUGGGUUGGAUUUUCCUAGCCUUGUUAGGCAAUGUGAUGGAGGUUAGACCUAUUGUUUUUUAUCCGGGUGGUACAAUGUUGGGAUCGUGCUUAGAGUAUGGGGCUGAUUUGGAUUUCAGACGGUUGGGGAGGCGGGUGACGUGGUGGCUAUGGUUGAUCUGGCACGGAGAGAUUCAGCUUCGGAUGAGGGAAAAGAAAAAUGAAGAGUUCAUGCUUCGCCCCCCGCCUGAACCGCCGCCAUGGGGAAACCGUGCAGAUGGGGCUCACAAGAGUGAUUUACUAGCUAUUUUUUAUCUUUAUCAAUCCAGUCAGUUUUGUUGUUUCUUAGUUACUCAUGUUGUUUUUCUCAUUAUUUUGAACUCUAGUGGUAGGUUGGUAGUUGUUUUUUUGUGUUUGGUUUGGGAUGUUAGUUUUGGUGGAAGCGAUAAGGCUUGUUUGGCCGAGGAAAGCUUCGAAGCUCUCACAUGGUUCGCGAAUAGUCUCGCUCUUUCCGGGGUGGUCUAUUCUAAGUCUAGCCAGAGAGUGGGGGGGCCUUUGGGCUAUGCGGAGCCUCACGAAGAGGUUUGGCGU